AUGAUUGAACUCAGCAAGCGCAAGUACAUCAACAACUCGUCGUCUUUUUGGCAAUACACGGAUUCUACGGAGUUGCCGGUUCUCACGUUUCAAGAUGAGACCGAAUGCAGUACUCGAGUGAGAGUCUCAGAAACACUCUGGCUCCAACAGACUUUAACUGACAUAAUACCACUGUGUUCAUCCUUUGACGGGGACCGAGGAGAAACUUCAAGCGAAGCUACUAAUAGUGCCUUGACAAGGGUUCACUUGGUACGGUUGCGUAAGAACAAAUGCAUCCGCAAGGUUGCUCCGUGGAAAUUUGGGAUCCAACAGCUUCCAAGUGUACAACAAAGCUCGCUUUCCAUACAAUCACAGGGUAAUGCAACCAUGGUCACGAACCGCGUGCAACGCAAAGACUCUCAGAUGAGAUACAAUAGAUCAAGUCGGUGCGAUCGUCGGCACGGCCAGAAGUCCCCUAAUGCUAGUUUAACUUGA